AUGGAUAAUAUCCCAAGAAAUAUAAAGAAAAGGGCUAUCGCUCUACUGAACAUUGGAGGAAACUACUCUAGCAACAGGACAAGGCUACUACAAAGAAACAAAAACUUGGAAAGGGUCGUGGUCUAUGUCGUGGGAAUUAAGGAUUUUUCGACGGGUGGAGGUGGAGUUAAAAUAUCGCCAACCGCUGAGGCUGCUCAAAUGUAA